GAGUUGUAGUUAGUUUAUGGCCAAGUAUCCUGACAUUGUGACCCUUCCAGAAGGACUGCUGGGAGAUUUUAUCAUUCUCAAGAACCCCAAAAUUUCUGGGUUUGAAUUGGUGAUUGUCUGGAAGAUCCAUCUGGAUAAAGAAGGGACCACGACACCUGUCCUGGAUCUCCUGCCCAAGGCACCAAAGCAAGUCCUGGAGCAGAGGAUGAGUGUGGAGAGCAUCCCUGGCAGGUUCCGGAGCGCGCUUCGGCUCUUCGGGAUUGAGGCAGCCAUCGAGAACCUGAUCAAAGUGGUGGGCUCAGAAAAAUGAAUGCCAGCAUUACUUACACACCAGGCAGCAAUUUCAAAAGUAGUUUUAAUUAAGAUAUUGUGUUACACAGUCUAUAAUUUUAUUGAAUAUAAACAUUAAGUUAUUUUCCAUUUAGAAACCAUACUCAUAAAACAUGCUAUCUGUACAAUUAUGGCACGUUAUAUAUAAAUUGUCAUGACAUGAAAAUAAAUACAGCCAUUUAAAUACAAAAAUGCCAAAUAAAAUAGUUACAUGUACAGAGUGAUUUCAUUAUAAAUUUAUCUUUCUGAAUCAUCAA